AUGCAAGGUGGGACCGCACCAGCACCAGCACGUAAAGUGAUGGUGGUUGUGGACCCAACCCGCGAGUCAGAUACUGCACUCCAAUAUGCUCUGUCCCAUGUAGUGCUUGAGAAUGACACCUUAAUUCUCCUCCAUAUUGAGAACCCCAACUCCUGGAAGAACACAUUUCCGUUCUUCAAACUGCCAUCACCGGCUGCCUCAGUCACCUCCCCUUCAUCAGCUGAAGUAGGCGGAGGAGAUUCAGACUUUCUUGAAGCAAUGAGGCGAACCUGCGAGAUUGCACAGCCAAAGCUACGUGUGCAUGCAGAGAAGGUGGAAAUGGGCAGCAAGGACAAGGCUUCUGCCUAG